AUGACCUCCCCACCGCAUUCUCCUCCACCUCAAAAAGUUGCUUCCAACGAACCAGAAAAUGAUAAUCCAUCUUCACCACCUGUGUCACCUAAACGUUCUUUUGCCUUCACGGACGAGGCAGAUCGUACACCAGCUUCUCUUGGUUAUUUUAAGCGUCGUCACGUCCACGAUGAUGGCGAAGCCGCCAAACGAGCACCUCUCGGUAAGUUUAGCGCCUCCCACAGCCCUGAUGCUAUUGCGCUGGAACACAUUGUGAAUGCAGAUCCCUUGUCAGCGUCAGAAAUCGACAAUAGGCCGGAGAACGAUCCAAGAUGGUCAGAAGCACCAUUCCAUUCCCUUGCUACUACUGCUCCUGAAUUACGAUCGUGUGAUGCAAACCACAGCAUCCCAAUUAACGGAACUGGGGAUGAAAUCACAUGCUCGUGGCCGCCUGCUAUCAAGAGUGGCGAUGCUGAUAGUACAGCAGGAAGUAGUCGCAGAGAACGCCCGCCACUCACCCGUGGCGGAAGGUAUAGCUCCGAUGCACAGGAAUCGGUUCGUGCCUCGGCAGCUGGAUCCGCAUCAGCGUGGCCGCCACCGUUGAGGAGCCGGUCCGACCUUUCCUCACCAGAGCGCAGGACGUCGUCUCGUGGGUGGGAUGUAGACAAGGUAACGCAGUCUAUAAGAUCGCGUACACCCUCCGUGCCAUAUGUGCGGCGUCCUCCUCGGGAUCUUUGGAAGGCCGCAUCCUCAUCUAAUGACCCCGUGCGGACGGUUUACGGCCUAGUGGAUGACCGUGAUUCAAUAUUUGAUACUUCUCCACCACCUGGAAUCACAAGACGCAGGGGAUCGGUACCCGAUUUGACUGGACCCGGCUCUUGGUCAUUGUCACUGGCGUCGGGCAGUCAGCCAUUGCGUGCCGAUGAAUCUCCCAAAUCCGUGCCCCCAAUAGGUGCCGAACGAAGUAGAGUGGUGUCGAUGACGCCACGAAGAUCUAGGUCGUUGCCUCCCGCAGGAUUACAAUUACCCAAACCAAGCGAAGCGCAUGAUAGUAGCCGAAGAAAUUAUUCCCGGCUCAAUUCCAAUGCUACAUUGCAUGAUACCUGCCUCCUGGGAGAUCCACGUAUUUGUGGCGUAUUGGAGAAAUCUGCAUUUGAUUUACCAAUCGAUAGGGAUGAAUUCUUUCAUCUCUUGCGACAAGCCGUACACAAUAAACACUUUUCAAGGGUUUUUUCUCCUCUCAACCCCCUCCGAAAUCCAAGGCCCAGCUCCUCCCUGACUGCCAACCCAAUCUAUCAACGAUUCAUGCCAUCCUUACUCAACAGGCUAUCACCACGAUACGCCAAAGGACCUGACAAGCGGCUUAGAACUCUCUGUGAGCUUAUUCAGCCGCCGUUUGCAAUAGAAUAUGAGUGCACGCACUGCCAGGAAUGCAAACGCGACACGAUACGUAAACGGCUACUGGCCCGCAAUUAUCGAUGCAUGCGCCUGGCUCCCACUGUGUUGACCACCCCCUUAACAUGCAAUCCAGGGCCACCGUCAAGCUCGCGGCCCUACAAUAUUGAUGAAGACGAGAAAAGUCUUUGGGAGGAAGUGGCAGCUGCGACUUCCACCGAGCCCUUCCCUGGGAGUCCUCGCUUGCGGGACUUGCAUGACUUUGACGAUGACAACGAGGACGAUGACUACCCGGAGAUACCGGAUGAGGACUUGCUUUCGGGUGGAGAAGAUGUGAAGUUUGGGAUGGGGAAACGUCUGCUAGCUGAGGUUUGA